AUGCUGCGCUUAGACAAACGAAUUGCUCUUCUUCCACCAUUGCAGUUAUACAGGCGUAUCCUACGAAGUCAUCGACAUUAUUUACCAACAGAAUUACGAGUUCUUGGUGACACUUAUGUCAAAGCAGAAUUCCAUAGGCACCAAAAAAUAACGAAUCCACUUCAUAUUGUUGGAUUCCUUUCAACCUGGCAGUCCUACUGUCAAGAAAUUGAAGGCGAACACUGGAAAGACCAGAAGUUUAAUAAGGAAUUGCUUGAAUCGUUAAAUGAACAACAAAUAUCGCAGCUUUAUCAGCUUUUGAAGGCAAUCCGUGAAGAGUAA